UGGCGGUUACGCGCAAGCGCGGUUGAGUACGCGGGCCUUGUGUCAUGGCGUCCGAGGCUCGCAAGUAUUCGGUAUUACUGCCCACCUACAACGAGCGCGAGAAUCUUCCCCUGGUGGUCUGGCUGCUGGUGAAGAGCUUCGAGGAGAGUGGGAAUGAAUUCGAAAUUGUAAUUAUAGAUGAUGGAAGCCCAGAUGGGACGCAGGAAGUUGCUGUCCAGUUAAUAAAGAUUUAUGGAUCAGACAAAAUUCUAUUGAGACCCAGAGCAAAGAAACUUGGAUUGGGAACUGCUUACAUUCAUGGAAUGAAACAUGCCACAGGAAACUUCAUUAUUAUUAUGGAUGCUGAUCUGUCGCACCAUCCUAAAUUCAUUCCAGAGUUUAUCAAAAAACAGAAAGAAGGAAAUUUUGAUAUUGUGUCGGGGACUCGAUAUAAAGGAAAUGGAGGUGUGCAUGGAUGGGAUCUAAAACGAAAACUGAUCAGCCGGGGUGCCAACUUUUUAACUCAAGUUUUAUUACGUCCAGGUGCAUCAGACUUAACAGGAAGCUUCAGGUUAUAUAGAAAAGAGGUUCUACAAAAACUGAUGGAGAAAUGUGUUUCAAAAGGAUACGUUUUCCAAAUGGAAAUGAUUGUCCGGGCCAGACAAUUGGGUUAUUCUAUUGGAGAGGUUCCUAUAUCAUUUGUGGAUCGAGUCUACGGAGAAUCCAAGCUAGGAGGCAAUGAAAUAGUUUCCUUUCUGAAAGGAUUGUUAACUCUAUUUGCCACUACAUAAUAAAGAGAUUCAGUACUGUGCCAGUAUUUCUAUAGUUUGACUGAAUAAUUUAUAUUGGACUGUGACAGAAAUUCAGUAUGGCUUUAGAAAACAAAAUUUCAAGGUCUCUUCCAUUUGAUGUUAUGACAGAGCUGAAAAAGGUUACUUAUCUCACACGACUGUCAGAGCAAUCACAUGUUCAAAAUUUGGAUACUUGACAACUGGCAUGUAUUUAUGACAGUACCAGCAUUCUGGGGUCACAUGAUGGCCUAUUGUGAUCUUCCCAACAGCCUUCUGACAAGCAACGUUAAUAGGGAAGCCAGAUUUGUUUAACAACCAUAUGAUUCACUUAAAAAAUAUUGAAAAAAGGUUGCAAAAUUGGGCAUAACUCUCUUUUAACAACUGCUUCACUUAGCAGGAGUCCCAACUUUGGCCAUAAGUCAAGGGCUACCUGUACUUCAUAUUGGAUAAUGUAAAAGUUACAGUUUUAAUUCUUUACCAUUUUAGUUUUAAAAAGUGCUUGUAUUUUAAAUGAAUUACAGGUAAUUAUCUGGAAAUAAUAUAUGGAUUUCUGGCAGGAUACAUUUAUAUAUGGCAGAUCAUAAAGGAAAUUAACAGGACUAGUAUAGAUACCUUUCUGACUACAUUUGCAUAUACUACAUUUGUAUAUUUUAGAAAAUGACUGGUAUUAAUUAACAAAUUCCAACUGCAGACUGUCCAGGGAAAAUCAAAAUUUACAUUCCAAUCUUCAGUUAUAAUUAUUGUGGAAUAUAGUUUUGUGCUUCAGGCAUUAUCUGCAAUUCAAAUUAAUAAAUAAAAUACAAUAUCAGUUUUGGGGGAAGGGGUUUUCAGUCAUUUGUUUUAAUUUUUUGUUUAAAUAUUCUACUCAUUCUGUAAAAAUUGACUGGGUGUGGGGGAGGAAACAAGUAAAAGGAGUACCUAAAUAAAGUACCACAUU